ACUGUGGACUCAGAGUAAACAGUGCAGUCAGUCAUUAACAUCUGCGUGGACACAAACCUCAGCGACGGCGGACAAGUCUGCGCUCUUCUGUCUUUCUGCGUCUCAUUCAAAAAUUGUUUUGACUGGCUGCUGUGGCGUGAUGUCCCGUCUCCUGCUGUAUGUUUUGUUGUGCUGCUCUAUGUGGGCCAUGUCGGUGCUCAGUUUGUCAGUGUUCUCUGACGCCCGCUCCGCCCACUCUCUGCUGCGCACCCGCAGAGCCAACUCUUUCCUGGAGGAGCUGAAGCCUGCAAACCUGGAGCGCGAGUGUGUGGAGGAGAAGUGCGACUUCGAGGAGGCCCGGGAGAUUUACCUCACCAGAGAGGCCACACUGGAGUUCUGGACUGUCUACACAGAUGGGAACCAGUGCCGCUCCAACCAGUGUGUCCAUGGCACCUGUGUGGACCUGUUCCAGGCCUACGCCUGUCGAUGUGACCAGGGCUAUGAAGGACGCUACUGCAACCAGCCCCAGACUCACACAAACUGCUCUGUGGACAACGGCGGCUGUGACCACAACUGUGAGGAGAGCAGGGAGUGGCCCAGCCGGAGCUGCAGCUGCCUGGACGGGUACUCACUACUCGACGACCACAAGAAGUGUGAGCCUAUAAACCGCUUGUCCUGUGGUCAGCUGCUCCUCAGCCGCUCCUCGUACUCAGAGCCGAUCGUUGGUCUGCAGCCCUGGGUGAUCGGAGGAGAAGUGGGCAAGAAGGGGGAGAGCCCCUGGCAGGUGAUGUUGCUGGAUGCUCGUAACCAGCUGCACUGUGGAGGAGUCCUGAUCGACCACAACUGGGUCCUGACCGCGGCACACUGUCUGCGGAGGAUCCACCGCUUUAAAGUCAGACUGGGGGACUACGACCGUAUGCGCGAUGAGGACAGUGAGGUGGUCCUGCGCGUGGUCAAAGUCUUCAAACACCCCCAGUACAACAGCCGGACCAUGGACCACGACAUCGCCAUGCUGCGGCUGGAGAGCCCCACCCCCUUCUCCACCUUCAUCCUCCCCGUGUGUCUGCCCAAUCCCGACAUGGCCCGGCGCGUGCUCCACCUCAACGGCACCCUCACCGUGGUCACCGGCUGGGGCAAGGAGGACGUGGGCAGCACCCGCUACAGCUCCACCCUCAACACCAUCAAGAUCCCCCUGGUGGAGCGGUCCGUGUGCUCCCAGUACAUGACCAACAACAUCUCGGACAACGUGCUGUGCGCCGGGGUGCUGGGCAAGUCGUACGACGCCUGCGAGGGGGACAGCGGGGGCCCCAUGGUGACGCUGUACCGGGACACGUGGUUCCUGGUGGGGCUGGUGUCCUGGGGCGAGGAGGGCUGCGGGAAGGAGGACAAGCUGGGCAUCUACACCAAAGUGUCCAACUACCACCAGUGGAUAAAGGAGGUGAAACAGGAGUGGGAGAAAACAUCCACGCUGGCGCACUAGCCACACCACCUAUACAGCCCACACCACCCGCACGCCGCCUGACCAGCAGAGGGCGCAAGAAGUCAAGAUACAAUCA